AUGAGUGACUUUCCUGCAAACGCAGAUCCCAUCCAUGCCGUUUCGCUCGGCAUUGCUGGCGGUGGUGCUGGAUUGUUGAUGACUGUUUGGCUCAUGAAGAAGCUCAAAUUAGCACCACGUGGCAAUGAACUCAUGAACAAAAUUUCUGACCAAAUCAAGUCUGGCGCCAGAGCCUUCCUCAUGACUGAAUACAAGUAUCUCUCCUACUUCGUCUUUGUCGUCUUUAUUGUACUACUGGCCUUGUACUCGGCCAAACCUCCUUCGGGCGACAAGACGGACGGAAUCCGCUACGCAGGCUGUUUCUUGGUCGGUGCCAUUCUUUCCGCUGCUGCUGGAUGGGGAGGCAUGGCCGUUGCCACUGAUGCCAAUGUCCGAACUACCCAAGCUGCCGACAAGGAAGGCUUGGACAAGGCCUUGAGAGUUGCCUUUACAGGAGGUGCCGUAAUGGGAUUCACCGUAGUGGGUCUUGGCCUCAUGGGCGUUUCCAUCAUGUUCUUCUUGUUGACUCUUGGUUAUGAUGGCAAGGAUGACGCUGAACGCAUGAGACUUGCUGCUGAUUCCCUUGCUGGAUUCGGUUUUGGUGCAUCUUCCAUUGCUCUCUUUGCCCGUGUCGCUGGUGGAAUUUACACCAAGGCCGCCGACGUUGGUGCCGAUCUUGUCGGCAAGGUCGAAAUGGACAUUCCUGAAGACGAUCCAAGAAACCCAGCUGUGAUUGCCGAUAAUGUUGGUGACAACGUUGGUGAUGUUGCAGGGAUGGGUGCUGAUCUAUUCGAGUCCUUUGUUGGAUCGAUUAUUGCUGCCGUCGCUCUCGCCGACGGAGAUUUGGUCAAAAUUACUCUACCAUUCUGGGUCGCUGGAUGUGGAAUCCUUGCCUCCAUGAUUGGAUACUUUGCUGUUGGAACCAAAGAAGGUGCUUCCCAGAAGGAGCUCCUUUUCGCCCUUCACAAGGGAACCCUCGUCUCGUCUGCCCUUGUCAUUGCUGCUUCCGCUGCCCUCUGUGGCACACUCUUUGAAGACGACAAGACUAAUGGAUGGAAGAUCUUUGGCUGCGUUGUCAUUGGACUUGUUGCCGGUGUAUUGAUUGGUCAAGUCACUGAAUACUUCACCUCUUACUCCUUCUGGCCAACCCGGUCCAUCACUGAAGCUGGAAUCACUGGCCCUGCCACUGUCAUCAUUCAAGGUUUGGGUAUUGGUAUGAUCUCUUGCGUCUUCCCUGUCCUGAUCAUUGUCGUCACCAUCCUUGCUUGUGAUGCAUUGGCCGAGGAAUAUGGAAUUGCCAUGGCUGCCGUCGGUAUGUUGAGUACCUUGGGUGUCACUUUGGCUACCGACGCAUAUGGUCCAAUUGCCGACAAUGCUGGUGGUAUUGCCGAAAUGGCCGAACUUGAAGAACGGGUUCGUGACACGACCGAUGCCCUUGAUGCUCUUGGUAACACUACAGCUGCCACUGGAAAGGGAUUUGCAAUUGGAUCUGCUGUUUUGACUGCCCUUUCUCUCUUGGCUGCUUUCAAGACCAAGGCUGGAAUUGGAACCGUCGAUAUUGGUGAACCAAUCGUUCUGAGUGGUGCUCUCAUUGGUGCUAUGCUCCCAUUCCUAUUUGCUGCUUUGACCAUGCUUUCUGUCCAAAAGGCUGCUGGAGCUAUCAUUAUUGAAGUCCGCCGUCAAUUUGCCGAGAUUCCAGGACUCCGUGAGGGUACUGCCGAAGCGGAUUCAGACAAGUGCGUGCAAAUCUCAACUCAAAGUUCUGUUGAAGAAAUGAUCCUCCCUGGUCUUUAUGCCGUUCUCGCUCCCAUUACUGUUGGAUUCCUCAUUGGACCCAAGUGCUUGACUGGAAUGUUGGCUGGCGCCAUUGCCAGUGGCAUGAUGCUGGCCAUUAUGAUGGCAAACGCCGGAGGAGCUUGGGAUAACUCCAAGAAGUACAUUGAAAUCGAGGGUGCUUGUGGAGGCAAGGGAACUGAAAUCCACAAGGCCUGCAUCGUUGGAGACACUGUUGGAGAUCCAUUCAAGGAUACCAGUGGACCGGCCCUCAACAUCUUGAUCAAGUUAAUGAGUAUUAUUUCUCUCACUGUCGCUCCUUUGAUGAAAGGUGAUGAUGGUCUUGCCUUUGCCGAAUGGGAGCAUUUUUACUGGGGAUUCAUCCCCCUAGCUGUUCUGAUUAUCGGAACCGUCCUUGUCUACCACUUGUUCUGGAAGAAUGUUGCUGACAUUGCCGCCGAUCUUGGUGGAGAGAAGAAGGAAAGCCACCCUGAAGUAGAAGAGAUCGAAACCGCCUAG